AUGGCCUUGACUACUCCCACCAUUUUUGCUAUCAUUGCCGUCGUUCUCAUUGUCUUGAAGCUUUUGACCGUAGGUCGCCGUGAUAAGAACUACCCCCCUGGCCCACCUACCGUACCUAUUCUCGGCAAUAUUCAUCAGAUGCCCACGCGAGAUGCACACCUCCAAUUUCAGAAGUGGGCCAACGAAUAUGGUCCCGUCUAUAGUUUGAUGCUCGGCACCAGAGUCCUGAUAGUGCUAUCUAGUGACCAAGCAGUCAAGGAUCUCCUUGAUAAACGCAGCGCUAUAUAUUCUGCCCGUCCAGACAUGUAUAUAGGGCAGGAGCUCUGCAGCGGAGGUCUGCGAUUCUUAAUGAUGGAAUACGGUCCGACAUGGCGCUACUUUCGCAAAAUGUCCCACGCCUUGCUCAACGUCACGGUAGCCAAGACGUACAUUGCCUAUCAGCUCCUCGAGAACAAGCAAAUGCUUCACGAUAUGCUCGUGGCUCCAGACCGUUGCUUGCAGAACAUCCGUCGAUAUUCCAAUUCUUUGACCACGACCAUGGUCUUCGGUUGGCGAACUUCCACAUACGACGACGCCAAGAUGAUGCAACUCUUCGAAGGCUUCUCCGAAUUCGUACAGAUCAAUCAAACCGGUACUGCAGCAUUACUUGAUUCGUUCCCUUUUCUCCGAAAGCUUCCGGACUGGCUUCUGCCUCUACAGACAAGAGCUAAAGAAUCAUUUCGGAAGGAAAGAGAGCUCUAUGUAGGUCAUUGGCUUACUGCCAAAGAAGCAGUAAAGGCUGGCACCAUCCGACCCUGCUUCUGUGUCGGCAUGGCACAAGCUCAGCAAGAAGAAGGCUUUUCGGAUGAACAGGCUGCCUACAUUUCCGGAACAUUGCUCGAAGCUGGCUCUGACACCACUUCAAACACUCUCUAUGCUUUUGUGCAAGCAAUGCUGCUAUUUCCCGAGGUUCAGAAGAAGGCCCAGGACGAGAUCGAUCGUGUCGUUGGCAGCAGUCGACUGCCCAACAUGGAUGACGAACCACAUCUUCAGUACCUCCGAGGCUGCGUGAAGGAAAGUCUUCGAUGGAUGCCAACAACCAUCCUCGGCUCGGUCCCUCAUGCUGUCACCAGAGAUGACGUUUAUAUGGGCUACAAGAUCCCAAGAGGUGCAGCUGUGAUGAACAAUGUAUGGGGCAUUCACAUGGAUCCCAAUCGCUCACCAGAUCCUCGACGUUUCGACCCAGACAGAUUCAAGGAUGACUUCUUGAAUUGCGCGGACUCAGCAACUCAGCCAGAUGCUUCGAAGCGAGAUGCUUUUACGUUUGGAGCGGGCAGAAGGAUCUGUCCAGGUAUGCACGUUGCGGAAGCAUCUCUCUUCCUCGGCAUGUCCAGACUUCUGUGGGCCUUUGACAUCAAGCCUGUCAUUGAUCCUGCGACAGGUCAAGCGAUUUUGCCUGACCCCGAUAGGUUGACUCAAGGAAUCAUGGCUAUGCCCGAGGAGUUUGAGGUCAAGAUCGUUCCCAGGGAUCAAAACCGAGCAGAUCUCGUUGAGAACGAAUGGCAGGAGGCGGAAGAGCUCGUAGAUCCUAUCACCAAGCAGUGGAAGCGGACACCAGAGGGUAUGGUGUUACCAAGUGUAUAG